CUUGCCCUUCCAGAUCCAUAGAGAAAAGUAUAGUGAGUUCAACGAUUCCCAUUGCCACUGACAAAAGCCCCUUCUGUGGCAAUCAAGCUCAUGCCACUACCUCCAGCUGAUAACAGUGAACCUAAAGAUAUGCAAUUAGUUAUGAGGAAGUAUGAACCUAUUGUUGAGGAACCAACAACACCGAAACCAGAAACCACUGAAGUAACGAAAAGUGACAUUGAGGACGCAUUCUAUGAGGAUCCUGAUGACAAGCUCAACAUUGAACAAUUCACACAGAAUCUGCAGAACUAUAUGCAAGAGAACAUGGAACUGCAUGUAGGAGAUAUGUCUGCGUCCAUCACUACACCCAAAUUGAAGAAUGUGAGUCGACUACGGACAGAGCAUCAAGUGUACAAAUUUCCAGAUUCACACCCUCUUCUAAAAGGGGUUAGUUACCUCUACUUUUGUUCUGUGAGCAUUUGUAAACAAUUAGAAAAGAAUGUAAGGACAUACGUAUCUACACGCAUGAACUUCAUUUAGAGUAUAUAAGUAGCCCGGGGUAUGGCCAAAUGGUAGACCAACACCACACAAAUAAAAUUUACUGCACCAUACCAUACCUUGGGACAGGUGUAGGGACAAGGACAAAAGGAUCAUUUGGAGGAGGGAGUUGCAUUC